AUGGCGGACGGCGAUGCUAAGGAGCAGCCUAACGGAUCCCUGGACGCGGAGGAUGUUGGCGGCGUUGAGGAUGGGAAACAGGACCCGACGCUUUUCACGGUUCUCAACAGUCUGAUCGCCGCGGUUUUCUUUCCCGAUCCGAAUUCGCCGACUCCUCUGCUUCAGAGGAUAAAAUCCUCGAUCUCGGAGAAUGUUCCUCUGCUUCGAGAGGCCUCCAGGAACACCGGCCGCCGUGUUCUCGACUGGGCACGCCGUGGCAGCCCUUUUCGCGCCCUCCUUGUUGUUUCCGUGAGUGUCGCUUUACUCGAAAUGGUUAAAUUUUACUUUCUCCAAAUGCUGCGUUACAAGUUUGCUGUUGCAAAGCUUUUUGAGAGUGUGUUGUCUGAAAUGGUUGGAACAAUUGGUCUUCUUGUCUUGACAGGAUUGCUGGUCUUUAUGCUUUUCUUUGCUGCGGCCACCAUGAACGCUGUCAUCAUCUCUCUUUUAGUCUCUCUAGCGGCAGCUGGAGGAUUCUUGGCUCUAUUCUUUGCCUGUGUUGCUGCCAUUUACGUUGGGGCAUUGACGGUGGCUUUGUUUGCCAUCUCCACAGUCACAAUAUCAGCAGUUAUUGCUGUCCUUACUGUUGCAGGUUGGAUUGGUUUCUUUUGGACCUUGUGGCUAGCGGCAAGGAAAGGCAUAAGUGUGGCCAAGCAUUCAGUUACAAUGACUGGAUCGGCUGUUUCGGCUUACUCAACCGCUUGGCAGGCCAGGAACCAAAACAUAUCUAGUAAGUUGGAUUGACUGAUUAUUAUAUUACGCGUACUCAAUGUAAUGAGUUGUAUGCCGUGUGGUCGUCUAUACUCGUUUGCCCGUCCCUACAAAUAAACGAUGCUGCUUUUGCCCGAGUAGUUGAAUCUUUCGUUUUGUUUGUGACAGCAAGUUGAAUGCACUAUAGGUUAGGAGUACGUUGGACUGUGUUCUUGUAGUGUGCAGUUCUUCUCUUCGACAGUGCUUUUAUAUUUUGAUAGUGUGAAAUGAAAUGAAAUGAAAUGAAUGUUUUUUACUGUGAUAUAUAUACCUCGAGCAAUGCAUUGCAGUUUCUACAUUUUUUUUCAUUAUGUUUUCGGUAAAUGUAAUAUUGAAUGAUAUCAAUUGUUCACCACCAUUUGAAGUGAAUAUCCUGUCAAGAUGUAAUGAAAUUCUGACAAGUAGCAUUACAAAG